CGUGCUGCGUUGUUCUGGACCAAGUACAAUUUACCAAUGGGUUUCUGUUUCUUUGCGGCACAUGACCAUACAGUAGUCCAGGUGCGACAAAACUAGGGCCUGUACGACCUGUCUGGUCGACUGAGAUGUUAAGACAGAGCAACGCUACAUGGCCAGACCUCUUCCCAUUUUAGCAACCAUUGAGAUGAUCUUUGACACUCACACAUCACAUCCGGGGUAUGAAAUAGCGUCCCUAGCAACCAGUGCCAGAGAGCGAGAGACAAAAUCAAUAAUUUGUCGAGUUUUUAUCUAUCAUCACGAUUAAGCACACAUAUUUUACAUUCAAGGCGAUUUUACAUUGCUGCGGUGUGCAGUGGAGCAGGAUGAGCAUCCACAACGAUUACGUUUUCCAAACGGAGCUGUCCUGAGGAACGAAUUACUUCCGUCACUACCUAGAACGGCUAUGGCGGAGAAACGUCGGUCCGGGGGAACUUCGGGGAUGUCCGAAUCCAAACCGACCAAGACCGACACCGAGCGGGAGUUCCUAUCGCAGGCGGGAGUCGGGGAGUUACUCCGAGGGGCUCUGCUAAAGAUGGUAGAGGCCAGGUCGGAGGACCCAAUAGGGUUUUUGGCAGACCAUUUCUGUAAUCAGGCCUCCGAGGCUGAGAAUGGGACUGUUGGAUGCUGCAGCGAUGGAGAUUUGCUAAACCUCGGCGCAGGCGCAAACGAGCAGCAGCAGCUGAGCCGAGCCCUAUGGCACCUGCGUCUAGCGCAUCACUCUCAGAGAUCUGCCUUCAGUAACAACGUCCGUGUGGCCUACGACCUGCUAACACAGACAGGGCCCCAGCGGCGAGGAGCAGUGGGUCCCAGUGGCCCUGCUGGUCAAUGCAGCUCUAACAGCCCAGGUGGGGGGGUCAGGGGCCGCCUCUACACACACACCCUCCAGUGUCUCUGCAGCGAGGGAGGCGUCCCCAUCUCCACUUCAGCCCCUCUGCUACGCCGGCUCCACUGCCAGGACCAUGAGGCCGUGCCCUACGACAUCUUCAGGCACGGUGUGCUGACGUGCGCUGUGUUUUCUGACUACAUCCGGCGGGCGCAGAGGCUGUACGCGGAGGUCUGCGGCCCAGCUGAGGGGCCUGCUGGUCGGACACUAUGUCUGGCUGUGCUGGGCACCCUCCAUGAAGCCCUGGAGACCUCCCGGUCUGAUGGUGGCUCCUCAGAUGCUAACCACUACUCUAAUGCUAACGCUAAGGCCAAUCCCUACCUAGAGGCUAAGGUUAGCCGCUACCUGGAGGCGAGUGCUAAGAUCUCACCCGGUAAGCUGGCCCAGGCUAUGGCUGGAGCGGAGCCAGCCGGGGGAAACAUGGAUGCCAAGGAGUUUGAGGACGCUGCGGCAGAGAUCUUUAUCGCUCGAGUAAGAGUUGUGUGUUAGCUGCUGGUGUAUUCUCGUUCCUAUAAUGUCUGCACUGUUCCUUGUAAUGUAGUGUCAGAUCCUAGUAUGAGAUGUGUGUAUGACUUUCCUCGUUCUUAUGAAGCACCUGAAGAACAUACAGCAUGGCUAAAUAUAUACUGUAUGAUAUAGUACGAUCAUGUAAAUAUGAUUCAAUAUACCAAUAAAUGUCAGACCUGGA